AUGGCCCUGCUGGCUGCUGCUCUUGUGCUGUUGAGAAGCAGCCAGGUUCAGGCAUUUGAUUUUUCCUUCCCUCCAAUGCCAGACUUCUACAAAUAUUUGUCACCUCCACCUCCCCCUUAUUACAAGUAUGAAUCCCCUGCACCCCCAUACUACAAGUAUGUUUCCCCUCCACCACCAUACUACUACAAAUCCUCACCACCACCAUACUACAAGUAUGAAUCACCUCCUUACAAGCAUGAAUCUCCGCCACCGCCACACUACUACUACAAAUCCCCACCACCACCAUACUACAAGUAUGAAUCGCCUCCAUACAAGUAUGAGUCGCCACCACCGCCACCAUACAA